AUGACUUGGGAUCCGAGCGAGUUACCGUAUUACAAUCCGCAAGUGGAUGACCGGGUGGCAGUAGUCACCGGAGGGAACAGUGGUAUAGGGUGGUUUACGGUGUUGCACCUGUACAUGCAUGGGUUUAGAGUGUAUGUGUGUGGUCGAAACUCGCACAAAGUUAGCAGGGCCAUGGACGAUAUUAUUGAGGAAGCUGUGCGCAGACAUAAUCUAUACCUGAAAGGGCUGCAUGAUCAGAAGCCCACUAGAUACCUGGGCAGUUUACAAUAUUUACACACCGAUUUGACUGAUUUGAAAUGCGUGGACCGCGCUGCCGCUAAAAUACUCAGAAUGGAAAACCAUCUAGACGUGCUGGUGAAUAAUGCUGGGGUUAUGGCGGUACCGUAUGAGAUAACCAAGGACGGUUUUGAAAUACAGAUGCAGACGAAUUACAUUGCCCAUUUCUUGCUGACAAUGAGAUUACUCCCGUUGCUGCGUUGCAGUCAUGGUCGUGUAGUAACGCUGUCAUCGCUAGGCCACCACAUUAUAUUCAAAUAUAGCAAACUGGAUGAAACUUGGAACUAUUUCCCAAAUUUCGUAUUCACUUGGUUCCGUUAUGCAAUGACUAAAGUGGCCUCUAUACAAUACACAAAAAUGCUGGCGAUCAAGAACCCCGACAUUCUAUUUGUCAGUGUACACCCUGGAUUGGUAAUGAACACAAAUUUAUUCAGUUUCUGGACAAGAUUACCUCUGGUAGGCAUUUUUUUCUGGCUGCUAUUCCAAGUAGUCGGAUUUAUGUUUGGUGUGUCGAAUGAGCAAGGGGCAUACUCUACAUUGAGAUGCUCACUCUCUCAGGAAUUAACAACAACAAACGAUAAUGGCAAGUAUUUCACCACUGGUGGGAAAGAAUCACGAAGUAGCUACGUGGCAAAUAAUCUUGAUGACGCAGCAUCAACCUGGAUAUGGACAAUGAAGCAGUUAAGAAAUCGAGGAUUCGAUAUAUAA